AUGUCUCAGUUAGCUGCUAUCAACUAUCCACAACUUGAAGAAUUCUUGCAAAAUGAUGGUCCUACCGAGGAAGAAGUUCGGGUUUGGUAUGAUAAGUUGGCGGAGUACGAAAUAGAAGGAUCGGAGUCUCCACCGGAAAUUGAACUACUCUACAAUGGAGCCCGUUACCUCAUGGGUUUCGGAUUCACUGCAGCAGAAGAGCUUCGCAAUGUGGCAGAGCAGGAGGCAGUGACAAUGGCUGAAAAGGAAGAUCAAUGGGAAGAACAAAAGACUGCAUUGAAUCUGGAAAUCGAGUCACUUCGAGACCGAAUAACUUCGAAAGCAGAUGUUGGAGACUCGACGGAAGCAUUUCGAGCUCAAAUCGAUAGUUUGAAGGAGGAAAAUCGGCAGUUACAGCAGUCGAAUAGAGAUCGAGAUAGGGAGAUGGCUGAUCAGAGAGAUCGAUUUGAGAAUUUGGCAUCGAGAGUUGAUACAUUGACAAGAGAAAGGGAUGCUCUUUCUGAACAUAAAGCCCAACUGGAAGACACAAUUCGAGAGCUCAAUCGCCGGCUUUCGGCAAAAACAGAGGAUACUGGAGCAGAAUGGGAGAGCAAGAAAUUGAAGUUGAGAAAUGAGCAAGUGCUAACAAUUAGCAGGCAAAUGCAGGCAGUUGUUUCACAAAAUGAAGAGUUACGGGAAGAAAUCGAUCGCGUCAGUUAUGCCCUGGAAGAAGCCACCCGAAUCAUUGAGCAGAGUGCUGUUAGGUAUACCGAAAUGACGAACAAGCUAGAAAUUAGCCAACUGCGAAUUGAAGAGCUCUUUAAUCAGAACCGACGACUGACUCAAAUCCUUCCUGAAGAGCUCGUGGAGCAUGUUUCACAGUGCAUUUCUGCGGCGGAGACUAUGCUUUCCGGAAGACCAAUUGAUAAAGUGAACUUUUUAAUUGAAGUUGGUGACUUGCUAGCUCCAAAGUUUCUAAAUGAAGAUGAUAAAAAAGCAUUGGAAGAUGCGACUGGCCUGACAGAAGCCGAAGAGCAAAAGGAGAAGCUUGAAAGAGCAGAGGAUCGGGUGAAAGGGCUGCAAGAUGAACUAAAUGCAGUUGUAGAGGAAUCAAAUAAAAUGAGAACUAUGAUAAGAGAAGAUAGAACUGGAGAAAAAGAGCAAGAGUUGGAGCAGUUGAAGAAGGAGCUUGUCGAUGCAACUACACUUGCCAGGAACCUUUUCGGGGAGGCUAUGUCAGAGGUUCCGGGUCAGGAUCCAACGAUGACGCUGCAAAUGAGAAUUUUGCAAUUGGAGCAUUCAAUUGAGCAGUUGAAUGAUGAGAAGGAGAAACAGAAGAAAGUGAUGGAAGAGUUGCAGUUCACAAUUGAGCAGAAAGAUGAAAAUAAUGGAGAAGUGCUCAGCGAGUUGAAUAGGCUUAAAGAUGCGAAAUUCGGAAGUGCUCGAGAAGAAAUAACCCGUCUAGAAAAGCAGAUGAAGUUCCGAGAUGAGCAAAUUGGGAAGCUUCAACAACAUUGCACACUGCUCCAAGUGGAGCUGGGAAGGUACGCGGAAGGUACCUAUGAGCCAAUUGUGAAGCCAUCCCUUCCGAGACGAAUCCGACGGCCAGAUAUGCUCCUGGCAACAAAAACAGUCAAGCCUGAAAUUCAAAAAAUAGAUUCCCCAGUUGCUCCAAGUUCCCCACUGAAGCCAUCACCGAGGGUGAUAGAAGAUGAGCCCAGAAAUGCUCCAAAUGCUCCGAAUCCGAAAGAACCACCGAGAUUUGUGCACAGCGGGGAUUAUUCAGAUAUAGCGCAGCAAGCAGUGUUGAUUUCCAACUUGUAUUACGAGCUUAUGCAGCUUUUGGAGGAAAUAUCUUACAAGGACGAAAAGCUCGUGGAAAUCCACAAAUCCUGGAAAUCAACUCAAAAAUCGUAUCAGGAGAUGAAGGCACAACUGGAAAUGGCCUACGGGGAGAUUCAAAGCUUGAAAAAAGAAAACUUGAUGAUCGAAGAACGGACCCUGGAAGAGCUCAAACAGACCGAAUCAGUUGAGCUUCAACGAUUGGUAGAGUCCAUAAAUGUCGAAGGAAGUGAAAUGGAAAGGAGGCUGGGAGAAGCUACGAGGAUGCUGGUGACAGAGAGAAUGGAGAGAAUGAGAUUCACACGACAAUGCACAAUUUUGAGGACGAAAACUGAACGAUUAGAAGAAGCAACUCGAAAAUCAAAAGAAAUGCUCCGCACAAAAGAGCUCAAUGCUCAACGAGCAAUAGGACGGCUUAAAUAUGAAGUUGAGACGACGACGAUCGAGAUCGGGCGACUGCAGACUCGUCUUCUGCAAAGUGUUCCAACUGAGGAAUAUGAUAAAUUGAUGAGAAAAUAUAAGAGAUUGAUAAAAGAAACUACGGGAGUCGAGACUAAUAAUGAGGAGGUGAUGGCUCGGCAGGAAAUGACGGUGUACGCGAAGAGCCCAGUGGAAGCGGAGCUGGAGGCAAGAGAGAAUAUGCUCAAGAAAAUGAUAGACGUUGUAUCUGACCAAAGUGACUUUUGGAAUCAGGAAUCAGCAAUGCUACAGGCCGAAAACGAAGAACUCAAAAAGUUUAUUGAAGAUGUCGAAAAUGAAAGUGACUUGAAAAGUGUACUUGGAGCAGUUGAGCGACGUCUUCUGAGCACGAUUCGAGAGCUACGGGAAAAUGAACGAGAAUAUUUGAGAGAAAAGAAAAAGUCGAGAGGGAAUGAUAUAGAGAGUUCAAGGGAUUCAGAGAGACUCAGACAGGAAAGGGUUGCACUUAUUAAUGUUAUAAUUGUCCUGCAACGGGAGAACAAGACCCUACGUGAUCAAGCUGUUGGAACUGUCAGCUUACAACAACUUGAGCUACUUCGCUCGAAUAUAUUCCAGGCGAGACAGAAAGAGGCCGAAAUUGCAGCGAAAAUGGAAAAUAUAGACAAGUUGAAGGAAGAAUCUGAAACUGAAAUGCUCAGAAUUCGGGCUCUCCGAACUGCCAACGAGGUGUUGUCCAACUUUGACGGGCACGAAAUGCAGCCGCAGGGCAAUAAUGAAGUGGCUGAAAGACAACUGCAAUUGGCAUAUUUUACAUCUUCUCAACAGAGUGCUAAAGCAAAGCAAUUCGAGAGAAUGGUGCAUUUGAAGGAGCAAAGAGUGGCUGAGUUGAACGAUGAAAUGAGAGAGUUGAAGCAAUGGAAUCUGGAAUUGAUAACGACAUUGGAGAAUAUUAAGACUUUCAAAGGGGAACGACGAGAAUCCCAACACAUCAAACCAGAAAUAUCCCUGAAACCUCGAGAAUCUAUAGCGGUCGACCAACUUGAAGAUAGUAUGGAUAAGGAAAGCGACUAUGAAAUGGAUAUCAAGAGUGAAACUUCUUCAUCCGAAGCUUCUUCCGACCGAAUAAUUGUGCGAACAAUAGUUCAAGACAACGUCGAUGCCUUUGAAAAUCGGAUCAAAGAAAUCAAAGCUUCUGCUCAGUUGGCUGUGCAGGGCUACAAGGAACAGCUGGAGUUGAAAGAGAUCGCUAUAGAUAGAUACAAGAAAUUGCUUCGGGAGAAGAUUGAUGAAGGGGUACAGAUAAUUGAAAAAGUGGAGAUUGUCCACCAGGAAGUCGAAAUUCCAGACCGUUCCACUGAGGAACAGCUCAGAAAAACUGAAGUAAAACUCAAGGAGCUUGAGUCAGAAAUGCGAAAACUAAAAGCAAAAAGAGCAGAAAUUGUGAAAAACGACGACGAGCAGGACGAUGUGUCGGAGAGAAUCGAAAGAUUCAAAGAAUUUCUAGACGAAGAGGUUCAGACAGAAUGGGAAUAUCCACAGGUUUCAUCUCGAUUAAACAAUGAGGAAGAGGUUGAGCAAUUGCCAAAGUCGGCGAAAAGCGAGAAGGUUAGGCGACUGGAAGAAGAAAUGCAAUUGCUCCAGGAGCUCGUUGCAAAAUCGGAUUCAAAAGACGGAGAGAACAUGCGACAGAAGACGGAAAUUCGGGAUUUGAAGGCGAGAAUUCAGAGAUUGACGAAAACAAAUAAAGAACUUCUUGUGACUUGUGAGCAAAUUAAGGAAGAUGCUCUCGCCGAGCUAUCGACUUUCCGGAGGAAUAACGAGAACUCCGAUGAGAGGAGGAUGACUGAUUUGAGAGUGGAACUCGACAGACUAAGAACCACAAAUCGUACACUUCGAAAUGCAAAUGAAGAAAUGAAAAAUGAGCUGAGCCGGCUGAAGCAGACUGUUGAACGACGGGAUACUAAGAAUGAGCCGGACGAGUGGGAGAGGAGAAAGCGUCAAGAUGAGAUUAUAGCCUCACUUAAGGAAAAACUGAAGAAACGAGACAUUGCCGAAAAGGAUUAUUUAGAAAAGUUGAAGAAACGAGAAAUGGUAAUUGAAACUAUGCGGAACGAUCAAGGCCUUAGAAGUUCGGAGAUUGAACGGCUACAGAGGAAGUUGAAAGCGAACGAUCCAUCUGUUAUCAAGCUGCAAUUGAAUAAAGAAUGGAAGGAAAAGUUAGAUGUACUUGAGGCCAAUAUAACCAAGAAAAACGAGGAGUUGACAGCUUGCAACCGUACCCUUCUCCGCCUCAAAUCUGAGCUGGAAACCAACCGAAAACGCCAUGCCAGUGAAAUUGAAAAAAUCCGAGUCGACAACAAUUCAAACGUCCAGAAGGAAGUUAAAAGAGCAAGAGAAGAAGUUAAAAAGGCGAUGACUGUAAUAAAACCUCAAAUGAGCACAGUUGAAAUACAGGCAGAUCUUCUCGAGAAACGACAUUCGGGAAGUACUAAGAGUCAUAGAUCGGAAACAGUAUCUCAUAAUAAAAUUGAACUUUCUACAAUUUCUUCAUCGUCUUCCUCGAUAUCUUCUCCAGCUUCUUCUUCAAAAUCUCAUAGAUCAAAGACUCUUAAAUCCAUAUCGCGAGAUUCAAUUCUCGAGGAGAGGAGAUUAAGUCAAAAAUCAUUUGAUGAGCAACCCAACAUUCCUGCUCCAAAAUCUGACACAAGUGAUUAUUAUCAGCUGAGGGAAAGUCUGCAAAUGACGCAAGAAAGACUCAUCGAAAGUCAGGAAAAACUGAUUCAAAUGGAACGGGACUAUUCGUCGCUUCAUGAGAAGUUUGAUAGACUGAAAUUAAGAUUCGAUAGAGAUGAAAAACCAACUGGUGCUGUCCUAGUUCUAUCAGAUAAGCUGGCGGCAAAGGAUCGAGAAAUUGCUCAAUUGAAAAAUCGCAUUGCUCAUCUCCAAAACACUGUUCACUUACCACAAUGAUUUUUUUAAUAAUUAUUUUUCUGUAAGAAUAAAUAGGGUUUCCAAUUUCAAAGAAAA